AUGGCUGUGACGUUGGGCGCCCCAUUGCGGUCGCUCACGCCGCAUGCACAGGUCUUGCGCCAAGGCUCGGUGCCAGUCCUGAGACGGCCUGGCUCUGUGUCAUCAGGAGGCAGUGCAACGCCUCAGAAUGGUGUCUAUACAGGUGCAGUGAGGAUUCUCCCACCUUCAGGUGCGAGCACCCCUGCACAGCCAAGCAGUGUUGCGUGUCCAGUGCAGCCUGACGUUUGUCCCAGCUGUGGAUGGGUCUAUAUGCCGGACGCGAUUUUCUGCCGCCACUGCGGUCAAAAACGUGAGGUGAUCCAGGCUGAGGUGCAUAGCCCAGGCUACCUGGCAGCAGGUGUGGCGAGUCCUAUGCCUGAGGCAUAUGCCGGGGAUGGCUUCACCUACGGCAACGGUACGGUAAGUCCUUGUCUUGCGGGAACUGUUGUUUAUUCAGCUGAAGCUUCCCUUCCAGCCUACAGUUCCACAGGGACUGUGAGCCCGCUUCCCGGCGCAGCGGUCGCUGGCGAAGUUGCCACAUACCUGCCGGGUGCUGCAUCCCCGAUGCCUCCAAGGGUUCUUGGCACAAAGUUGUCACCACCCACUCGCGUUUCAGCAUCCAUGAUGCCCGGUCAGGCCAUGUUCAUGGAGCCGACGGCCUUACCUAAUCAGUGUGCCCCCGUAUCCAUGACGGUGCCAGCAGGUUCUUCAUGUGAAGUUCCUGCCGCCACUUUGUCGGUCAUCUCCAAUGCUGUUUCCUCCAAUGGGUAUGCAUCUACGCGGAUUUCCUCUUACGCGCCUGCGGUCCAGGUUACAGGUGCAUCAUAUGCGCUGCCUUCUGUUCUGCCUCAAAAGGCAUCAACGCCAGGUGUGCCGAUGAAGUACAGUGUUGUACCGGCGGCCACACAAACAGCUCCACCUUCCGGAAGCUCUACUCCGGCUAUGUCUUGCUGGGGGGCGGUGACGCCCCUGCCACCCCCGCCAGCAAUGGUUCUGGGGUCAGAGCCAGGCCCGGUACCUGCAGAGCCGCAGGUGCCGCCAAGCCUCACUGCAGGUCUCCCAGAUCCAACAUCCAUUGAGCGCCAAAAGAGCGCGUAUGCGCGUGGGCUGGAUGAUCAGCUUAAGCAUGGCACAGAAGUGCUGGCACAACAGCUGAAGCAGCAAGCUGACAAUUUGUUUGCGGCAAAUGCCUUGCUCCUGGAAUACAACCAGAAGAAAGCCCAAGAGGAUUUGGCUUACCAGCAGUACCAGUUCCAAAAGCGCCAGUAUGAGACUCAACUUCAGUACAACGAUGAGAUGAAGGAGUUGCAAGCACAACAGCAAGCAGCAACUGCACAGGUAGCUCAGCAGCGCGCUUUCAUUGCGCAGCAAGCUGCACGCCUCUCAGUUUUUGGCUGA